AUGGCCGGGGAAUUUGAAAAACAUCCCUUCCUUCUACCAGUCCAAGAUGUCGCCAAACAAUUUGACACGGACAUGGAAAGGGGUCUGACGUCUGCACAAGUUGCCCAACUACAGGAAAAAUUCCCACCGAAUGAGCUCGACGUUGGUGGUGCCAUCCCUUGGUACACCAUUUUUUUGCGACAACUUCUUAAUGCCAUGAUCCUGGUUCUCUUCUUCGCAAUGGGAUUGAGUUUUGGUGUCCAGGACUAUGUUGAAGGUGGCGUCCUUGCCGCUGUCAUCUUUCUCAAUGUCUCUGUUGGUUUCUACCAAGAAUAUGGCGCUGAGAAGAAAAUGGAGGCUCUGAGAGCGCUGUCAUCCCCUAGCGCACAUGUUUUGCGUGAUGGCAAGACUCAAGUCAUCCCCAACUCGGAAGUUGUCCCUGGAGAUAUUGUCCUCCUGAAAAUGGGCGACACUAUUCCAGCCGAUCUCCGUCUUUUUGAAGUGAUGAAUCUAACAUCAGACGAACAAUCCUUGACCGGCGAAUCUGUGCCGGUCGAGAAGAUCGAGCAGCAUCUGGAGUCCGAGGAACUAGGCAUUGGCGAUCGAAUCAAUAUUGCAUAUGGAACCACCGUCGUUCGCAAAGGCCGUGGUCGUGGCAUCGUGAUCGCAACUGGUAUGCAAACCGAGGUUGGCAAGAUUGCUGCCUCCACGACCAAGAAGAACAGAAAAGCCGGUCGUUCCAUGAAUUACAAGAAAUAUGGAAAGCGUCAACCUGUUGUCGGAUUGACUAAGCGCAUCUGGGACUUUGUGGGCAAGUUCUUGGGCCUGACUGAAGGUACACCACUACAGAUCAAAUUGUCCAAGCUAGCCUACAUUUUAUUCGGCUGUGCACUCGUUUUGGCAGUUAUUGUGUUUGGCGUCAAUAAGUUCAAUGUACCCAAAGAGGUCAUCAUUUACGCAAUUUCCACUGGCAUCGCCAUUAUACCCGAAUCCCUAGUGGCUGUUUUGACAAUAACAAUGGUCGUGGCUACCACAGUCAUGAGAAAAGCCAAUGUUGUCGUGCGAGAUCUUUCAGCGCUCGAGGCACUCGGUGGAGUCACCAACAUCUGCUCCGACAAGACGGGAACGCUCACGCAAGGCGCCAUGAUUGUGAAGAAGGUCUGGAUUCCACGCAAAAAGGUCUAUACUGUUCACGAUUCCAAGGACCCCAGCAAUCCUACUAUUGGCCGCGUCACCUGGGCUGAGGCGGAUGAGAACAAGCCUGGUGCCGAUCCAGAGAAGCGUGACUUUGACCAAGAGCGAAGUGCUACUGCGCUCAAGUUUGAUGUCCCCGACGAGAAAGCCAACUUUAGAUCAACCAAGAAGAACGAGGCUGAGGCAUCCAUGACCGCUGAGCUCGAAGCAUUCCUUCUUUCUGCCGCUCUAUGCAACUUGGCUACCGUCCGCCAAGAGACAGAAGCCAAUGCUGAUGAACGCAAGUGGAAGACAACAGGCGAGCCCACUGAGAUUGCCUUGCAAGUUUUCGCGCAUCGGUUCAACAAGGGCAAGAAGACCCUAGAGGGUGAGGGCGGCUGGAAGCAGGUCGCCGAAUUUCCAUUCGACAGCUCCAUCAAACGUAUGUCGGUGAUUUACAAUCAUCCGGACAUCGAUCACAGUAUGGUUUUCACAAAGGGCGCUGUCGAGCGGGUCCUGGACUUGUGUACAAGUGCUGGCGUUGGAGACUACGCCGAGGAAAUGACUGACUCGUACAAGGAACUCAUCCUCAAGCAAAUGGAUGAUUUUGCUUCUCAAGGGCAGCGUGUGCUUGCCAUUGCCUCGCGGCCGUGGCAUGGCCACUACGAUGAAAAGUCCUCCUCCGAAGGCCACGACGAGGAUGAUGCGCUACGAAAGUCAGUCGAGUCGGGCCUCACUCUCGUUGGGCUGGCAGGCAUCUACGACCCUCCUCGUCGCGAAACCACCCCUGCGAUUGCUGAAUGCUCCACGGCGGGUAUCAAGGUUCACAUGCUCACCGGCGACCACCCAGCGACCGCAACAGCCAUUGCCAAGGAGGUUGGAAUCUUGCCGCACAAUAUGGGAAUCUUCCCAGCCGACGUUGCCGAUUCCGUCAUCCAAAAGGCCUCCGACUUUGACAAGCUCUCAGAUGCCGAGAUCGAUGCCCUGCCCGAACUUCCCUUGGUUCUAGCCCGCUGUGCUCCCGACACAAAGACGCGGAUGAUUGAGGCGCUCCGUCGCCGAAAUGCCUUCAUGGCCAUGACUGGUGACGGCGUGAACGACGCACCAUCGCUAUCUCGUGCCGAUGUCGGCAUCGCCAUGGGCUCCGGGUCCGACGUAGCCAAGUCGGCAGCCAAGAUUGUGCUGACGGACGACAAGUUCAACUCGAUCGUGGCCGCCAUUCGGGAGGGGCGGCGCAUGUUUGACAAUAUCCAAAAGUUCAUCCUGCACCUUCUCACUUCCAACGUCGGCGAGGUCAUUCUGCUCAUCUGUGGACUGGCGUUCCGAGACAGCACGGGAUACUCGGUCUUCCCAAUCUCUCCUUUGGAGAUUCUCUGGAUCAACAUGCUCACUUCCUCCUUCCCGGCCUUUGGGCUCGGACGUGAGCAAGCUUCGCCAAUGGUGAUGCGCAAGCCUCCGCACGACAAGAAGCGCGGCGUCUUUACUAACCAGAUUCUGGUCGACAUGAUCGUCUACGGGCUGUUGAUGGGCAUCUUGACCUUGAUGUCCUUUGUGGUUGUAGUAUAUGGCGCCAAUGGUGGCAAUCUCGGACACGACUGCAAUGGCGCCUUUUCCGACGCCUGCAUCCCCGUCUUUCGCGCCCGUGCUACGGUGUUUGCCGAGCUCACCUGGCUGAUUCUGAUUAGUGCCUGGGAAUUCAAGGACCUCCGGCGCUCCAUGUUCAAGCUCAAUCCUGAUUCUGACUCCAAGUUUCCCUUCUUCAAGGAUAUUUACGGAAACAAGUUUCUAUUCUGGGCCGUCGUGAUUGGCGGUGUCUCGGUCUUUCCAGUCGUCUACAUUCCCGUGGUCAACACCAACGUCUUCAAGCAUACCGCUAUUUCGUGGGAGUGGGCGAUUGUCGUGGCCGCGCUAUUCUUGUUCGUAGCUGGCGUUGAGUUGUGGAAGAUGACCAAGCGUGUCUUUGGCCUGUUGGAGGACAAGGCCGUGGUCAAGGGUGCCUUUAGCCAGGGAGAGACGGAGGGUCGUCGGUUCACACACACUAUGAGUUUCAGCAGUUUAAAGAGCUGGCGCAGCUUUGGAAAGAAGAAUACGAGUGACUCUAGGAUCAACAACGUCUCUCGAAGUGUCUCGAAGAGCAGGAUGUAA